CAGAUAAAUAUAAUAUCCAAGUUGCUGGAAGCAUGCAAAAAACACUAGAUGAGCAGGCAAUGGAAAUUCCAACCAAAAUCGGAGGAUGUGUUGCAAGAUAUACUGACGUCAGAUGCUCGUCUGAGGAUUCCUAAUGUCACUAUAUCAGAGCCUUUAACUGAAACAGAGGAUGAGAGUACAAGCAUAGAGGUUGCUCAAAAGCAGUUAGUUGCAAAUGAAAAGAAACAGAAAUCUGAAAAGCAAGUAGCAGCAAGCAAGCAUAUGACAAGCAUCCUAAAUAUGCACAAAUCUAAUCCAAUUUUUGAGGUUAAUUUGGAUUCUUCAUCGGAUGAGGAGUACACAGUAGCACAUGAACCAAAGAAAUGCAAGAGGACAGCAUGUGCUGAUUGUGAUCAGCUUCGUUUGAAGAUUGCAAAGUUGGAGUCAAAGGUCAAAGUGUUGACGGAACUAAAUGUCAAUCUCCAGGCGUCGUACUUCAAAUGUAGUAAAGAGAAAGAAAAUAUCAAACUUGAAAAGAUUGAAGUGCCCGAGCCAGCAUCACCUCCUGCAUCGAUGGUCCCUGAUGAAGAUUCCUUGACCACCCAAGAGCUAAAUAUGCUAGAUAAGAAAAAGAAACCAUCACUUUUUACGAAAAAUCUAAGUGUCAGAUAUUUGGAACGGACACCUUAAGAACGUCGUCGCUUGAAGGUAAAUCCUCAAACCGAAUGAAAACUCC